UUUAAACGUAUUUUAAGAGGUAUUGUUAUCAAUUGUUGAUUUAACUCUCGAGUUUAAAGGGACACGUAGGAUGUUAAUGACAGGUGCGCAAUGACAGUUGCGCAGUGAAUGCUGCAGGGAACAGGUGAUAUUCCAAAUGUCUCAUGACUUCCAUCAGAUAUUUCGACAUGUAAUUAUCGCCCUGGUGGCUAUCGAUAAUACGCGUUGAAUAGGUGAUUUAUUUUCCGUUGAUAACAGCCUGUACGCCGUGGGACUCGAGAGAAUGGCGGGUUCGAAAUAAAUUUGCUAAAGAGCAUUCAAGUAAGACCUCGGAACAGGUAGGACUUGUACGGUAUAUACGUCGAUGUACAGCUGUCAGGGAAUUUUACACUGGCUCUUUUUACGUAAUCUUUUGUACACGAUGACUCGUUUGUUUGGUUAAUGUUGCGUCGAUCGCCCCUGAAUUAUGACGUUGGUAAAAACCUGUCUUUUUAUUAGUGGACACUCAAACGAAAGUUAACCUACAGUCGUUUGACGUAUAGAACUUGUGCUUAGGAAUUCAAUGGACAAGCUUCUCCCUCCCUUUCAUGAAUAGUUUAAGAACAAGUAGUAGCAGUAUGUUAACAGUCGUUAGUCGUAAAGACUUGACAUGAAUCUUUCUGCAAAGUGAAUUUGAUGUGAAUCUUGGGUAACUAUGGCCUUCCCACCAUUGGUUAGUUCCACACCGCCACCCUUGGAUAGUUUUGGGGAAUCGGAUGAAGAUGAGUUUGGAGACUUUACGACUGGUGGAAUUGAUGGCUUAUCAAUAGCUUCGGACUCACCACAGAAAUUACUGACUCCUAUACAAACUCCAACGCCAUUGCAUACAGUGUCGCCUAAAGUGAAUGGAGUGACAGAACAUUCAUCAGCUACAGAGACACCAACAAAAUCCGAAUUAAUCAUAAAAAGUUCCUUUGAAGAAGAUAUACUGAUUGUUGAGAAGACAGAAGACAGAGUGAGCUGCAUAAAGUUAAAUAAUAGGACAGAUAGUGGUAGUGUAAAUAACAACAAUCAGAAAGAGGCCGAUUCCGUUAAGAAUAGCGAGCUAGAAGUGUUGGAGAACGAUGGUCUAACGAAUGUCAAAAGCAAUAGCAAUAGUUCCAAUCAUAUUUCCAUUCAGGAUGAUUUAGAUAAAUCAGGUUUCGUUAAUACUGAUGUAGUUAGUAGUAACAAUAGUAGCUUAGCAGAUAGCACCAAGACUGGUAGCGAGCAAGAGGACUCCUUGCACAACUUGGAAGUCAAUGAGGAUCCGGAACCACUCAGUCUGGUCUUGGAUGAUCCUAGCAGCAUUCCCGAGACUCAAGAAAACCUUGAUGAUGACUUCUAUGAUUAUCAAAAUUUCAAGGACACCAUAAAAUGUGACACUCCUCCCUGCAAUUCUACAUACGACUCUAAAGAUUUAGAUCGUAACGAGGACUCAUCCUUGACUUUGAAAAAGAAUACCAAGGACGUAGAGGAGCAGAAAAAGUUUUCAUUCACGCAGGAAGAAUACACAUUUGAUGGUUUUAACACCGUAGUGGAUUCCAAUGAAUUUCUGCCAGUCUCAAAGGAGAUCGAUUCCAGUAAUAAUGAUGAAAUCAAUGUAGAGAAGUUCGAGGCAGACUUUGCAGAUUUCGUUAUCGCCGACGAUGAAGAUGAGGAUGCCAUCAAUGUAAAUAAUUGUGCAAGAUCGCAAAUAGAAUUUAGCAUCGAUUCUAAAGGAAUAGAUAGAGAUGUUAGUGAAUUGGACGAUAGUCAAGAUAAAUUAUCGAAAGACGUUUUAGACGAUGAUAGUAAGUUAAUUCAGAACUCUGACGAGACAGUACAAGAUAAAUCAAAGUUUCAGUGUAAAUCUGUAAAUACCGUUGGCACUUGUGCCAUUAGUGAGUCGAUCACUGGUAUACUUGCGAAUGAUUUCGAUGACCUCGAUGACCACGAUGAGAUUAAGAAACCCACGGCUACAGGAGCUGAGGACGGUACUCCAUAUGCACAAUCAAAAGACAUAAAUUUCGAAAACUUAAAUACUGCCAAUCCCAUUAAGGUACAUCAAGACGUAGAUGAUGGAUUUGCAGAAUUCGCAAUAGCCCAACCUGAUCUGCAUUUAGAGAUCAAUUUAAAUACGAGCGAUGACAAUGAUACGAACGCCGGAGUCCAGAACGUCGUUAUUGCGGCGGUCACGGAUGGUUUUUCAGAAUUUGCAGAAAAUCACGAGUUUCCUGAAAAAGCAAACCAGAAUAAACACAUAAUUCCAGAAAAUGAUUCCUGUGAAGCGAAAUUUCAGGAAGCCAAGUCGGCAAAGCUUCCUGAGGAAUUCAUUGUCGAAGCCAUUCUUAAUGACUUCCAAACUGCGCUGCCUCCGCUCGAUGAUGAAUCGCCUAAGAAUAUUAUAGACGAUUUCACUGAUUUUGCUUGUCACGACGUAGCAAUGAGUAAUUUCUCGAUUACCGAUGAAGUCAGCAACUUGGAAACUGCUUCCACGGUUCUGAGGGAUAUGCCAAUGGAAAUAGCAGAAGUUACAGCCUCUGAAGAUUUUCGAAAUUCUCAAAUGCAGCCAGUAAACGUGAAUGAGGAUUAUCUUGACAAUCUGAAGACGACAACAGUACAAGAGGAUGAUGACUUUGGUGACUUCGCAGACUUCUCCGACACACCUGCAGGUCCAGCGACAGAAUGGAAGCCAAAUAUAGAGGAGCCCAAGAUCCUCUUAACUGAGUACAAGAAUAACGAUGACAAUGAUGAUGAUUUUGGAGAUUUUGGAGAUUUUGGUGAUUUCGAAUCUUCCGCCGCCAUCGCCAGCGUUGCCGCCGUAGUAGAGAAACCUCAGAUUAGUUUCAGAGAAUCUAUAAGUCGGAUAGAAAAUAAGAACGCUGCCAACAAAAUAGAAGACAUAAUAACAAACAUGUUCCCCGUGGUCCCUGAUACUCGGGAGGUUAAUCUACAACCUUUAAUAGCGAAGUCCGAUGACGUCUGGCAAGGACUGAAGAGCGUCGAGGAAACUAACGCCCUUUCCUACCAAUGGACUAAUAGCACUAGUAACAAUGUCCUACUGGGGGCCCUGGGUAUAGACUCACGCAAUAUUCUAUUCGGACCAAGAUGGAAUCCAAACAUUCCAAGGUUUGCCGCGAACCUGGGCUUCACGCCUUUAGAACCCGUGAAGGCAUCAACGGAAGCGCAACAAGCAUCAACAUCAAACUCUAGCAAGACACAAAGUUCGUUAAGCUCAGAAGAAGUGCCUGCCGCUCAAUUUGAUUGGAAUAGUUCGGGCCUUGUAAAUCCUUUGGAUUCCAGUGGUGGAUUAUCUGUUCUUCUGCCAUUGGAUUUAUUGUAUCCCUUCGAUCCUCUCCUGACACCUCAUUGCUCAGCACAUUCCGAAUCUUACCACCACCAUGCUGCUUGUACAAGGAGCUCCAUAUAUUACUAUCCUUCGGACUCUAACAGCACGCAUGAACAUGGUCAUCCUCAUUCGGUAAAGAGUUAUCGGUCAACGGAACUGUUUAACAGUUCAGCAAUAUCACAGAAGCAUUCUCAACAGUCCAAGAUCAUAGAGCCCUUGCCAGGACCAAGCACAGGAGAGUGGAAAAAGAAAUCCGAAUCCGAAACUGGAAUGAAAUCAAAGAGCAGCGGACAGAAGUCAUUAAAAAGUGUUGGGCAUGUAAACAAUAAGCCGUUUUUGAUAAGCAAUAUUAGCAGCAGAGGAGAAACGACGAGGACGGAGACAGCCAAGUCGGAUGUAGCGAAGCACGAGCUACAGCAACAGCGAAAAUCCUCCUUGAACAAGAGGGAACAUCUACAGAGCCCGGAACACUUGGUGCUGGACAGAUACGGCAGACCGAUGACCGUCAGGGCAGAGACCAUGAGGGUGCUCAAACAAUUACCCGAUCUUUCCUUUCUCAGUGCCAGAACGUUACUGUACAAUCCCGAACAGAAGCAAAUAAUACAGGAUCUCGGGGCGAUGAUAAAUCGGAAGAUGCCUGGCUGAGUAACGUCGGUCUGAGCGCUAGUUUGAAAGGUCAAAGCAAUCGAAACAAAUAACUGGUAUGUACUUUUUAAAGCGGAACGAUACUUCUAACAAAUCUAAUAGCAUCAGAAAGCCAAAUCCUGCUACCUUUCAAACCUGUGUUCAGACCAAUCUCUGAAUCCGUCUUGGCUCUUCCAAUUCGAUACGCGAACGAGCGAGCAACCAAUUUUAUCUACUAUCAGUAAACUGGCACUCUAGGAGUUAUUUAAGGUUAAUAUGCUUCGUUGCACCCAGCGACUCAUCCUGACAUUCCCAAGGAUAUGGAGACACUACUGUUUAUGCGAUUCCAUCAAUGAGAGAAAGAGUGAGAGUGCGUGUGUAAGUGUGCAAAUAUAAAAUUAAGAAAGAGAAAGUGAUAAAGUGAUCUUGAAGGAUGCAAGAGAUUAUUCUUAAUUGUCUCACAUCAUUGGAUACUAUACAUCCAAUGUUCCCUACGUGCGUUCAUCCUUUACAUGAAGCGUUCAUGGAGACGCAACGACUUCAUUCGUUGACUUAAUAUUGCUAGUAUUAUUUGUUCGUAAAACGCGGUAGAACUCUUAUUGAUUUUAACUAAACAUUAUGAUAAGUACUCGAAUUCGGCCAUGUUCUAGUCGUAAAUUUCUACUGCUAAUAAGUUUCACACGUCCACGUACUUCGACAGAGUCCUCACGCUUAUUCUUUUUUCUCUUCUUUCUUUCAUUUUCUUUACCUUUUUUAAUUUUCGUCACGGUGACAUCAUUUUGCUGUAACGGAGCUACACUUAAUGUACCACGAGGAGAAAAGGAGUACAACUUUUUGCCUAGGGAAUCUUUUUAAGUGACAUAGACAUCACAUUUUUAUCUUAUUUUUCUCUUUUUUUUUUGUUCUCACUAAAGCUCGUGUGCAUUUCCGACUAGGCGGCGUCGAUCAACAUCGAUUGGCUUCGAUCCGCUUUAAGGUUUAAAUAUAGCCCGUCUCAAAGACGGAUAUUCAGUCCAAUUGAUGACUUAAUGACAAUUGAAAUAUCCCAGUCGAACGAGAGCCGACAAUUAACUGAACUAAACCGAUUAAUAAUCAUAAGUCAAUUAACAUUUAGAUUGACUAGAUGACUUUAUAGUUGAUCUUUACAUGGGAAUACGCUGAUUCACUUGGGGAUUUUAUCGUGCCACUUGAAUUUCACACGCGAAUCAAGAUGCAUAUGUACUUAAGAAUUUCAUAAUAACGACUUGCGAUGAUCAUUAAUGUUUAAGACUUAUUAAUUGCUAUCGUUAAGUUCGUUAUUUAUUAAUAACAAUAUUGUAAUAUAUUUUAUGUAAGAUAUUGUGGAUAUUAAUACAUAGAUCAUGUUCGA